GCGAGCACCUCCCUAGAGCCAAGCCCCUAGUGACAGAGCCGCUGCUGGGGAAAUCACCCCAGAAACCCGGGCAGAACCCGCAUAGCCACAGUGGCAGUGUGGCACAGCCCCCAGCCCUCGACCCGCGGACACCAGCCCCUUACCUGCCGGCCCAGGAGUGCGGCCUGGCCCUGCUCGCUCCGUGCCAGGUGCCCGUGCCAGGGAGCGUGUCCAGGGCUAGGGUGUUUCGCGUGCUCCUGCGAUGCCGGGAAAACAGCAGGACCUUUAAACCAGGUGCUUCCCGGCCUGGACCCGGGAGAGGUGAAGGUGCAGUGUCCUCCGGGCAGGGCAGGAGCUCGUCUCUUGUGAAAGCAGCAGGGAGCGGGAAGGGCUGGGAACAGGGAGGACCUGCAGAAGACCUGGGCCGUGGCGAAGGGAAGCGCGCAAAGUCCCGCACGGUGUUCGAUGGACGAUGUGGGGAGGCCAGAAGUUGCAGCUCUCUCCUCUCCAGCACUGAUGGGGGUCAGGGCAGCAGCUGCCAACACAAAACGCCCAACAGAAAGUACUCUGAGAAGCAGUCACGGAUCAACUGUAACGCAGGGGGCGUGCGGCCCACGCUCUGCGUGAAAUGCAGAGCCAACACAGGCCAUAUGGAUCUGCACUGCGUGCUGAGGGACUUUCAGGAGGCUAAUAUAAAAUUUUUAUCUGGAUGGAAUCAGUGGAAAAGAACCAGCCAUAAAUCAUGGAGAAAAGUCCUCGAUGAAGCCAAGGAGCUGUGUUCUUACCUGGAGCUUUGGAGGCAUGAUAUUCACAGCAUUGAAGGAAAAUUUGGUACUGGCAUCCAGUCCUACUUCUCCUUUCUGCGUUUGCUGAAUUUUGUUAUUUUUAUCCUGAUGUUCAGCUUUGUUACCCUUCCCACUGUCAUCCCUAAAUAUGGAAUUUUCAACAGUAGCUUUGCUGAAGCUCCUGCAAGCAGCAUAGAGCCUCACUGCACUGUUUAUUCACCUAGUGGUAAUAAAGGCCUUGUUUACUUCUACACAUACCUCAAAGAUUUGCUCACUGGCACUGGAUUCCUGGAAGUGACAAGUUUAUUUUAUGGUUAUUACACAAUAGAUGCUGCAUGGAUCAGUAUGUUUAGGUACAACUUACCGCUAGCAUACCUGCUGACUACAUUUGCUUACCUUGGAUUAAGUCUCCUCUGGAUAAUAAAAAGGUCUGUGGAGGGAUUUAAGCAGAACUUGGUGCAUGCUGAAGAUCAGUUUCAGAGUUACUGCAACAAAGUGUUUGCAGGCUGGGACUUCUGCAUUACAGAUCUAAGUGCAGCACGGCUCAAACAUCGCAGCUUGCAGUAUGAGCUGAAAACAGAUUUGGAAGAAGAAAGACUGAAGCAAAAAAUAGCUGACAGGACAAUGAAAGACAAGCUGCGCAUCUACUCUCUGAGACUAUUUAUAAAUAUAAUUGUCCUUGCAGUUUUAUCAGGAUGUUUUUACUCUAUUUAUAGAGCAACUGUCUUUUCUCAAGAAAAUAGCUCCACUAAUGGCAACAAUAUAAAUUUUGAAGCUAAUCUCUUGGUACAGUAUUUGCCUUCCAUCGUAAUCACGUUGGCCAACUUCAUUGCUCCUCAGAUCUUUUCACUUUUAAUCAGGCUUGAAGAUUAUUCACCAGCCUUUGAAAUCAGGCUCACACUGCUGAGGUGUGUCUUUGUGCGCCUGGCCAAUAUCGGUGUUCUCAUGUUCUCGCUGUGGAGUCAGAUCUCCAGCUGUGCCACUGACAAGUGCAGUGCUUGUGGGUACAAUUACGAACUCUAUCCUUGCUGGGAAACUCAAGUUGGGCAAGAAAUGUAUAAAUUGGUGAUAUUUGAUUUUAUUAUGAUUUUGGCUGCGACUCUAUUUAUAGACUUUCCUAGAAAGUUGUUAGUUACCCACUGCUCCUGUAAGUUAAUUCAGUGGUACGGUUUGCAGGAAUUUGGAAUUUCUGAUAAUGUCCUGGAAAUCAUUUAUGGGCAAACUCUCUGCUGGAUUGGAACCUUCUAUUCACCGCUUCUUCCAGCAAUAGCAACCAUAAAAUACUUUAUUGUCUUUUAUAUUAAAAAGAUUAGUUUGCUUCAUACACGUAAGCCUUCAGCUAGGCCUAUCAGAGCAUCAAGUUCCAAUUUUUUCUUCCUGGUGGUGCUGUUGAUUGGGCUCCUCUUGGCUUUUGUUCCUGUGGGAGUCAGCAUAGCAUAUAUCCCUUCCUCUAAGGCAUGUGGGCCAUUCAGGAAUUUUAACACUUCUUGGGCAGUUGUUCCAGAUACCAUACUUGGGUUUCCAACUGAUUUGCAGAAGGUCCUUUAUGGUAUAGCAUCAGAAGCCUUUGCAGUGCCUUUUUUUAUGGUUGUCUGCAUUGUUAUGUUCUAUUUCAUUGCCUUGGCUGGAGCACACAAACGAGUUGUUGAGCAGCUGAGAGAGCAACUGGCUAUGGAAAGUCGUGACAAGAUGUUCCUGAUCAGAAAGAUAACAGAAGCUCAGAAGCAUACUUGAAAACCACACAAAACCAGAACAGCUUUACUUUCUGAAACUUCGGAACCACUAGAUUAGAGUAGAAUCAUCUACAGC